AUGUUGAUCAAGGUCCGAACACUCACCGGCAAGGAGAUCGAGCUCGACAUCGAGCCUGACUACAAGGUAAACCACCCGUCAAGACUGGAUGCGUUUCCGGCUUCUCCCCGCACGGAAUCACUCUACCCUUCGACCGAAACCCCAUCGCUAUAUCAAUACUUUCUGAAUGUCUCCCGGAUAAAGGAGCGUGUCGAGGAGAAGGAGGGAAUUCCCCCAGUCCAGCAACGACUCAUUUUCGGCGGCAAGCAGAUGGCGGAUGACAAGACAGCCUCAGAAUAUAACCUCGAAGGUGGCGCCACGCUCCAUCUUGUGCUUGCUCUGCGUGGAGGAUGCGCUGCGAAGUCGAAAUAA